AUGGACCUGCAUAUUCUCGGACCGUUCUGUCUCUCAUUCUCUUGGAUCUUUGGAGCAUCCCAGCCGGGCAAUGCGCGCAAUACAAUAAUAAUCAUUGCACACACUCAAGAAGCGGGCAUGUCAACCCGUGUCUUUAGAAUCUCAGAGGACCUCAAUACAUCCAAGGAUUUGAUACAAGGAGCAACCCCAGAUGCCAAUGGAUCCCAUUUGACUGGAUUCUCUUCAUGGAACGAGGAGGCCCCUGAGAUGAACCGCGCUGCCAGACUUUACGAUCCAGGACAUGGUUUUGGAUCCUCCACUUGCGACAUGUCUUAG